ACUGGAGUAUGGAGAAAUACGGAAGGUCCGAAGGUGAAAAUUGAGAAGGGCCGAAUCUCCGAAGGAGGGAGUGGCGGAGUGCAGAGGCUGAGGGGCGGUGCUGUGCCGUGCUGCGUUCUUCUCCGAUCUCCUCCGUUGUUUGAAAAUUUUGGGGCUUUGGACAAUUGGGCCGGUAAUAGGACUCGUAUCUUCUCGUCGCCUGUAGGCUUUCUCACAGCAGCAAAAUCGUACUCCAUAGUCACUACUAUGUAUCUUCUUCUUCAGCAGUUCAGCACUGCCGACGAGGGUCACGAGGCGACGACCAUUCUUCUUCAACAGGCAGUGUGCACCAGCUACUAGCGUCCGCCGCACCGCUGCGCCGGAUACAGCGCGCUGCCCUGCCGUCUACCGCUCCUGCUUAGCUAGGAGUAGGGGUGACAAUUAUAUAUGAUCCAGUACUUGCAUUGAACUGUUCCAGAAUCAGAAGCAGAAUUACCCUCGUGGUUCCUCUCUUGAUUAUACCCUUUGCCUCGUCCAUACGCAUAUUCUCCCCAUCGUUCAUCUAGCCUGGAAGCACUUGAUGAAGCCACACUUGACAGUCAUUUGGGAUAACAGAGCAGAAGAAAGGGAACUGCAGUAUGAUUUGUCCUUGCUCUGAAGCAACAAAGAAAGAAUAUGUGGAGUGAAUUGUUUUGAAGAAUGCAAUCUAAAAUAAAAGCUUUUUUCAAGCCCUGCAUUUCCAAGACCGUCUCCGCUUCUUCAAUCUCAGGCAAUUUGUUCGAUUGCGAGGCUGCACAAUUGGAACGCCCAGAUAUCACCAAUACUUACAAGCGUAGAAGUUUCAAGCCGGGGGAUGGAUCAAAUAGUGAACCACCCCACGAAAUUGCAUCAAGGAGUUCAACUGUGAAAUUGGUUCCUCCUCAAAAUUUGAAUAAGAAAAGAAAUUAUGCUCAAUUUCAUUUGGAAUUGGGUCAGUCUGAUUUUGUGUUGCACACUUGCAAUGUAUGCGGCUUUGAGUAUGCCACUGGUGAAGAAGCUGAUGAGAAGGUUCACCAGAAAAUUCACAAGAAUUACACUCGAGGAAUUCCAUUAAAGGGCUGGCAAAAUGAAAGAAUUAUUCCGACUUCUUCUGAAACUGGACGCAUUAUCUUGGUGUUAAACGACGACCCUUCUCCAUGGAGAAAUAAGGUUCUGGAAGUUGUUAAAAUGAUGGAGAUAGAACUUGGACAUGGGUGGAUAUACCAUCAACAGUGCAAGGUGUAUUUAUUUAUAACCUUUGGAAGAAUUGCUGGCUGUGUGAUAGUAGAACGGAUAAACAGGGCCUACAGAUUUGUGCCUAGUUCAUCAGGAAACGGGUCAAAUAAUUCGGCUAAAACCGAAGUAAGUCGGAAAUCUUCAGUUUUGCAAUUUGGGGGAGUUUGUUUUCAACGGGAAAAAGUAAGAAAAGACCCCUCUAAGGAAAGACUCGAAGGUUCAGAUGAAGGAUUUGGGGUUAUCUUGUGCGAGGAUGAAGCUGUACCUGCUUCAUGUGGCAUUAGAGCCAUUUGGGUCAGUCCUUCCAACAGAAGAAAACAAAUUGCUAGUUAUUUGCUAGAUGCUGCUAGGAUUAGCUGUUGUGAUGGUCUAGUUCUAGAGCGGGCCGAGUUGGCAUUUUCCCAACCAACUUCAACUGGGAAGAAAUUCAUAUCUAGCUAUACAAACAGUUCAUCUUUCCUCCUAUACACCUCUAGUGGCUCAUAAAAUAGAUUUUGUGGUGGCCUAGAUCUAAAAAGGGCUGAGCUGGCGUUUUUUAAACCAACAUUGGAUGGAAGAUAUUCAUAAGCAGCUAGGAGCCUAUGAAGCUAUGUUAACCAUUCAUCUUUUGUUGUGUGCACCUCUAGUGGCUUAUGGCAAGCGCUAUGUAACUCUUAUUUCCUUUCAUGAAGUCUGGAUUACUGCUUAAUCAGUUGAUCCAUCUUUCAUGUUCUUAUAUUUAAAUGUGAUAUAAAACGUAGUAUUUUGAUGAUCAGGGUUUGAUAGACAACAUUUGAUUAAAAACUAAAAUAUGGAAAUCCUUGUACUAAGUAAUAGUAAGGGGCUGUUUACUUUUUUUUUCAUCAAGUCCUUGUCUGGAUUAAGACGUCUGGCUGGAUUAAGACGUCUGUCUGAAUUAAGUCACAGUAGAAUAACAAGUUGUUUACUUUGAGUGCUGAAUGUGUAGUCUGAAUUAGAUCAAAUGACUAAUUUACCCUUCUAUUUC